AUGUAUGGGAAUUAUCCUCACUUCAUUAAGUUUCCUGCUGGCUUUGGCAAUUCCCCCGUUCACACCAGUUCUACAUCGGUGAGCUCAUCAUCAAGCUUUUCCCCAGGGAAUUCAGUGGAUGGCCAUCCCAGCUACAUGGAGGCUCCAGUGAGUGCUUCGAGGACUCUUGCGUCUCCAAUGAACACGAUAGGGUCGCCUGCAAGUGCGCUAGGCUCGCCAUACAGAGUCAUCGCUUCGUCCAUUGGAUCUCAUUCUGUUUCCCUGUCUUCAGCUCCUGGCAUGAAUUUUGUGGCGCACACCAGCCCUCAGCUCAAUGUCAUGAACAAUGCCAGCAGCUCUGAAGACAUUAAGCCCCUGCCAGGCCUCCCAGGGAUUGGAAACGUGAAUUAUCCCUCCACUAGCCCAGGGUCCCUGGCCAAACACAUCUGUGCAAUCUGCGGGGACAGAUCAUCAGGGAAGCACUACGGGGUGUACAGCUGUGAAGGCUGUAAAGGGUUCUUCAAGAGGACAAUAAGAAAGGACCUUAUCUACACAUGCCGCGAUAACAAAGACUGUCUAAUAGACAAGCGUCAGCGCAACCGCUGCCAGUACUGCCGCUAUCAGAAGUGCCUGGCUAUGGGUAUGAAGAGAGAAGCUGUGCAAGAGGAGAGACAGAGAAGCCGAGAGCGCAGCGAGAAUGAAGCCGAGUCCACGAGCAACGGCAAUGAGGAUAUGCCUGUGGAGAGGAUUUUAGAAGCUGAACUGGCUGUUGAACCAAAGACGGAAUCGUACAGCGACGUGAAUGCUGAGAACUCGACAAAUGACCCUGUCACCAAUAUAUGUCAUGCAGCAGACAAGCAGCUCUUCACCUUAGUUGAAUGGGCCAAGCGAAUCCCCCACUUCUCAGAGCUGACGCUGGAAGACCAAGUGAUUCUUCUGCGGGCAGGUUGGAAUGAGCUGCUCAUUGCCUCGUUCUCCCAUCGCUCGGUGACCGUGCAAGAUGGCAUCCUGCUCGCCACAGGCUUACAUGUGCACCGCAGCAGCGCGCACAGUGCCGGCGUGGGCUCCAUUUUCGACAGAGUUCUGACAGAAUUAGUGUCUAAAAUGAAAGACAUGCAGAUGGAUAAGUCUGAGCUGGGAUGCCUGCGAGCCAUUGUCCUGUUUAACCCAGAUGCCAAGGGCUUGUCCAGUCCCUUCGAGGUGGAGUCCCUGCGAGAAAAGGUCUAUGCCACGCUCGAAGCAUAUACAAAGCAGAAGUACCCUGAACAACCUGGAAGAUUUGCCAAACUCCUCCUCCGGCUGCCGGCGCUGAGAUCCAUCGGGCUGAAAUGCCUCGAGCACCUCUUCUUCUUCAAGCUGAUCGGGGACACGCCCAUCGACACCUUUCUCAUGGAGAUGCUCGAGACCCCACUCCAGAUCACCUGA